GCCCGGCCCGAACCGCCGAGCCCGCGAUGCGCCCCGGGGCCGCCCCGCGGCGCAGCUGACGCGCGGCCCGUGGACACCCCUGCCGGCCGGCCAGGCCACGAUGGCGGGGAAGGCGGCCGCCCCAAGCACCGCGGUGCUGCUGGUCACGGCCAACGUGGGCUCACUCUUCGACGACCCAGAAAACCUACAGAAGAACUGGCUUCGGGAAUUUUAUCAGGUCGUCCACACGCACAAGCCGCAUUUCAUGGCCCUGCACUGCCAGGAGUUUGGGGGGAAGAACUACGAAGCCUCCAUGUCACACGUGGACAAGUUCGUCAAAGAACUGCUGUCGAGUGACGCCAUGAAGGAGUACAACCGGGCUCGUGUAUACCUGGACGAGAACUACAGGUCCCAGGAGCACUUCACGGCACUAGGAAGCUUUUAUUUCCUGCACGAAUCCUUAAAAAACAUCUACCAGUUUGACUUCAAAGCUAAGAAGUAUAAAAAGGUCACUGGCAAAGAGAUCUACUCGGACACGCUGGAGAGCACGCCCAUGCUGGAGAAGGAGAAGUUCCCGCAGGACUACUUCCCCGAGUGCAAAUGGUCAAGAAAAGGCUUCGUUCGGACGAGAUGGAGCGUCGCAGACUGCGCCUUUGACUUGGUGAACAUCCACCUUUUCCAUGACGCCUCCAAUUUGGUCGCCUGGGAGACCAGCCCCUCGGUGUACGCGGGCAUCCGGCACAAGGCCCUCGCCUACGUGCUUGACCGGAUUAUUGACCAGCGAUUCGAGAAAGUGGCCUACUUUGUCUUCGGUGACUUCAACUUCCGACUGGAUUCCAAGUCCGUGGUGGAGACUCUCUGCACCAAGGCCACGAUGCAGACGGUCCGGGCCGCCGACACCAACGAGGUUGUGAAGCUGAUAUUCCGCGAGUCAGACAAUGACCGGAAGGUCAUGCUGCAGCUGGAAAAGAAGCUCUUCGAGUACUUCAACCAGGAGGUUUUCCGAGACGACAAUGGCACUGCGCUCCUGGAAUUUGACAAAGAGCUGUGUGUCUUUAAGGACAGGCUGUAUGAACUGGACAUCUCGUUCCCUCCCAGCUACCCAUACAGCGAGGACUCGAGCCAGGGGAAGCAGUACAUGAACACCCGCUGCCCGGCCUGGUGCGACCGCGUCCUCAUGUCCCCGUCCGCCAAGGAGCUGAUUCUGAGGUCGGAGAGCGAGGACAAGGUUGUCACCUACGACCACAUCGGCCCUAAUGUCUGCAUGGGAGACCACAAGCCCGUGUUCCUGGCCUUCCGUAUGACGCCCGGGGCAGGUAAAGGUCACACACAUGUGCCCAAGUGUUGUGUCGUGCAGUGACGUGGUGGGAAGAGGUGCCAGCGACACGAGAGGACCCCGCGCGAGCCCUGCCUGUAGCCGCGCAGCAGAUGGAAGUCGCCGUCUCUUGAAGUCCACACUCAACAGCUGCAUCGAGAAACCCGCCGAGCGCCACCCGCUAGACGGCCGGCCCCACACUUCGCUUCAGCCUCCGGACCUUCCGGAGGAGCGUCACAUACCUCACCGUCUUGUCUGUUCAUGUGACAUUAAGUAGAAAUAUUGGUUUUUUUUUAAUAAGUCACAGUCCUGUUGCCAAAACUCUAAUAGACAGCAAAGAGACUCUGUAUUUUACAUUCACAGUUUUCAAUUUUAAUCAUCGUCAGCGUGGAAGAGCUUCCCCACAGGUGUCAAACGUCCCCUCUGCCAGCUGGAGGUGUGCCCAGGGCAGGGAGACGGCGGGGGCUCUGGGCUGACUCAGGCAGUGUGGUCACUGGUAGGACGCCGAGGGGGCCCCUCGACUCACUCCCGAUGGUCCCCCCUUCCGUGUUAUUUACUCUACUGCCAUGUUACAUGGCUUUUGAAUCACACUGCAGCUGCUUUCCAUUUUUAUAUAUAAAUAUAUAUAAAUAUAUACUUUUUAAAAUAAUUUAUAAAUCUUACCAAAACUUAUGCUAAAUCUACUUUCCAGUAUGAGUGCUCAAGAGUGUCAUAUCAGUAGGUAAAAUUGGAGUCAGGACGUCGCACGCAGAUCCACGACACAGGUGACAUGGCCUGCCCCCGGGCAUCAUGGGCACGCCGACUGGAGCACGCCCACUGCACUAGCAGCUUGCCACACCCCUGCCUCCGGUGUAAUAUUAAGAAUUCAAUGUGAAGUUAUAGCUAGCUUGGGUGUACCUUUUACCAAUUUUGUAAACUGUUUUGUCUGUCUUUUGUUACUGUUCUACGGUGCCAAGUAUUCUACAUAAAACAAUAAUACUAUGGGAGAAGUACAAGUAGCCUAGUCUGCUUCCAGUAGAAACCGCUGUUAACAUGGGCUGUAUAUAAAACAUUCAGACGAACAACUGUAAAUUUCCUGGGUUGCUCAGCUGUAAACGCCCCGUGUAAUAACCUGGCUGCAAGCGUUUUCCAGCACUGAGCACAGCACUACGAGGUGACGGCAAAGCCUGUGGAUGAAACACAAGCGUCUGUUUUAUUGAUUUGCUUCAGAACACUACAGAAUCCCUGGGCGGGGUGAGGCUGCAGGUCCAUGCUCGUUCUUACACAGAUCACUACCAGUGCGAGUCAUUUGGUGUCCGCUUGACAAGCCGAUCGGGCUCUGGGUCAGUGCUGCCGUCACUCUGCUCUGCCCACCGGCCACACGGUGAUUCUGGUUAACGGGGUUCCAGCUGUUGGUCACUGUGGAGGCCUUUAGAAAUGACCGCUCCAGUUCCUAAGCAAUAAAAUUGAUCAUGGUGAAAACA